UCUACGACCAACGUCUAACGGUCGAACGGUCUAACGGUCGCAAUCGAACAAAAUCGAACGAAAUCGAAAGAAUCGAAGACGAAAACAAGUAGUAAUCGAAGCAAUUCGAAUUCGAUAAAACCCGAUCACUUCCGGUGUAUGUGUGUGCGUGCGCAUUCUUGUGAAAGUGAUGGCAGAUAUGGUCGCUGAAUAACUGCUGCAUCUCCCUCUUUCGCACUGGCGACUUACGCACCCAGCAGCGAAAAAUAAUAAUAAUAAUAAUAAAAUCAGCAACAGCAAGCUCUGCUAAUUUUAAACGAUUCCAGACGGCGAACGCCAACCUCGACGUGGAUGUGGAUGUGGAUGUGACAGUGGAUGCGAAUGCUAGUGCAGAUUAUGCAACUGCGGCCAGACGCUGGAGAGAUCGAGAGGGGUUCGCAGAUAGACGAUUUAAUUAUCAGUGCCAGAUUAUUAUCACCGCAGCGGCGAUGCAGCGGCGGUGACGGUUGCAGAGCACACCGGUUGCGGAAUGCAUUUAGUUACCUGACCAUUUCAAAAACAUCCGAGCCGCCGACGAGCAGCGAGCAGCGAGCAGGAGCGCUCCCAGCCGAAAUAUCCGGAGUGAUAAUUGCCCACAAUUGAAGGGAAUUAACAGAGGAAUACGAGGAGGAGGUGGAGAAGACCUUAAAAGCCUGAAAAACCUAAACGCGAGAUGUUGCCCACAGACAAGGGCAGUUUGGCGGCCAGCAAGCCGCAGAAGUCUCAUUGCCAUGGAUCGGUAUCCGUGUCGGAUCAGCAGCUCCUGCAGCACCUCCAUCCACACACGCAUCCGCAUGCAGUGCACCUGCAAUCCGCACACCCACACGCACACGCCACACACUCACCUGCCUGCGAGAAGCGCUUGGAGGCGGAGACGCCACGCCGCGAUCUCCAUGAGCUGAUGCUCGAGCUGCUGGACAUGAUGCUGUCCUGCCUGGUGGUGGCGCCCUGCGUGAUCGCCUACUGGCGCGGCACCUGGGAACUGAUGUUCGUCUACCUGUUUCCCGACAGUUUGCCGCUGUCUGCGAUGGCCAGCUUUCUGAUCGGCGGACUGGGGCACUUCUUCUUCACGGUCACACAGAACUUCUUCAAGGACCACAUCCAUCCGGACCGGAGGCGACUCACAUACUACGCCGUAUCGCGGCUCUAUACGGCCGUAUUCGGCAUCGUGUGCGUGAAUAUGUGGCGAGGUGCCUGGCUGCUCUGCGACUGGCUGACCAGUGUGGACUCGUUGAUCAUUGUGUCCGUGGUCACGGGCAUCGCACUCAUCUUCCUGGUGGCCACACGGACGCUGCGGAACCUCGGCGCUGCUCCCUACACCGUGACCAUGGACCACAAGAGCGACUACUUCGAGGUGGACACCAUGUUCAAAAUACCCGGGUUUCAUCAACCUGGCCUCUACAUUCUGGACACCCUCUUCUCGGUCUUUGUGAUCGGCAGUCUGGUGGUCAUCGCCUGGCGCGGCGUCUGGGGAAUCUUUGAUCUUCUGCUGUUCCCGGCGGACAAGGCCAAGUCGGCCUGGGGCUCACUGCUCAUUGGAUAUCUGACGGUUUUUGUGACGUUCCUCAUUCACCCACUGAUGCGAUACGUCUGCCGUCGGAUCAGCGGAAUCCUCAAGCUGAUUAUAUGCGACAUCUACUACCUGAUGACUUUCUUUGGGGCUGUGAAUGCCUGGCGCGGCAUCUGGAAUCUGCUGGAUGUGUAUCUGUAUCCAGAAAACAAGCUGCUGAGCUUCUGGCUGACUCACAUCGUGCCUUUCCUGCUGCUCGCCGCCCUCAAGUGCUCCAAUUCCAUCCUGGUGCGCGGCGUGUUCAUCGACGGAGAGGGCGUGGGCGCCGAUAGCGUCGAUAUACCCAUCAACUAUGUGCGGCUGCACUUCCUCCGCGAGCGCCGGAAGAAGGAGGGCCAUCAAGCCACAACGCAGCCUCCGCCGCCGCAUUACUAUCUGAAACCGGAGCACGUCGCACUCGGCCGGAAUGCGGAGAAGGACAAGGAGGCACAGAGCAGCCUCAUCGAGAAACCACAUGCCGCCGUGCAGAUCGUUUAGGGAUCCGGAUUCCUGGCGCAUGGCUAGCUGGUAAACUAGUUGUAAUCGCCUAAGCUUAAUCGUAUCGAGCUUACUUAAGAGUCAGAUGUUUAGCAUUGCCCAUAGAUGUAGUCUCUAUCCCGAUCGCAAGUCCCAAACUGUACAGAAAUUUAAGGAUCGACGUAUCUAGACUUUAAGUAUAUAUGUAUGCAUUUUCCACAGCAGGUUUGCAUUGCGAACUUUAACCUGGUGACGAAGGCAACCUCACCCACUCACAUUUAGCUAAGUGAUAACGAUUCAACUACGAGUAUAAACAUUGUACAUUGGUAUUUUCAUGUAUCGCAAGCAACAAAUAAAUUAAUUUGUAAAUACUACAUAUAAAAUAUAUAACCGAA